AUGUCCGACGUUAAGAUCCAAGAUCUAUUAAGCAAACCUCGCAGCGAGCUCACUGAAUACGAAGUAUCAAUUCUUGAGGAGCAUGAGCUCACUACCGGCCCUCUCUCCAUCCUCCAGACCGCUACUCGCUCUCAUUCCCAGGUCCUGAUCUCAUGUCGAAAUAACCGGAAGCUUCUUGCGAGAGUAAAAGCCUUCGACCGCCAUUGCAACAUGGUCCUCGAGAAUGUCAAGGAGAUGUGGACGGAAAAGCCCAAGGGCGGUAAGGGCAAGGGUGUGAAUAAAGAUAGAUUUGUCAGCAAGAUGUUUCUAAGAGGCGAUUCCGUCAUCCUUGUCCUUCUUAGCUGA